AUGGCUCCCAACUCAUACAUCCGCGAGAUCGCCCAGGAGGCCUCAAAGACCUUCUCCAGCCUAAUCAAACGCAUUUCUAUCCCACUAACACCGACAAGCCCGCCAGGUCUCGUUCAGGCGCAUACAAUCGACCCCUGGGAGAAAUCUGGAAAAUAUGCCCGAGGAUGGUCUUAUUUUGCGCUCGCUUUGAUGGGCACCGUCCUGGUCAUGCGUGUGUGGCACUUCUGGCAGGACAAGAUUCGACAAGCUAUCUACAAGCAGGAGGCAGAGGAAUAUUACCAGAAUCUCUACAAUGCUGAAGCCGAGGCUAUGUCUGGAAUGCGAAGUGCCCAGAGCCAACAGUUCUUCCCCGAAGGCCAUGAUGCGAUGGGGGAGAAGAACUUCCGCCCAAAGGCACAUUUCUCUUCCGUCAACAUCAUUAACGAUACUUUGGCCCUGUUUCGAUGGAUAUUCUACCGCCCCAUUCCGGAUUUUGUAUGGGGAAAACGACGGGUUACAUUCUCCUCACUGGCGGUUCUUGCUACUGUCUUUGUUUCCUUGGUCUUCGUUGUCCUUUACUGCUUUCUGCAGCAGCCUCUCUAUUGGCAGAGCAUUCAGUUCGGCUCACCUCCUCUGGCGAUUCGAGCUGGAAUGAUCUCCGUUGCUCUGACACCAUGGAUCAUCGCAACUAGCAUGAAGACAAAUCUUUUGACCAUCAUUAUAGGAAUUGGUCCCGAGCGGCUCAAUGUUUUUCACCGAUGGGCGGGCUAUCUCUGCCUGUUUUUAUCACUUGUUCACGCUAUUCCCUUUUAUAUCCAACCAGUCUGGGAUGAUGGCGGAAUGGAAGUGUUCCAACGCCUGUUUCCUGGUGGCAGUGGCAUCAUCUACGGUACUGGUAUCGCCUGUCUUGUACCCCUUAUCUGGCUGUGUGUUGCUUCACUUCCUUUCAUCAGGAGGACAGCCUAUGAGAUCUUCGUCGUCCUUCACGUCCCUGUUGGUAUCGUCUAUGUCGGUCUCCUUUUCUGGCACACCAAGAACUUCCUCAUGUCUUGGGCUUACCUCUACACAACGGUGGCUAUCUGGGCAUUCUGCUAUUUCUUGAGACUGUUCAAGUUGAAUUGGGUCAAGCCGUGGCGUAUGUCUUUCAUGGUUGGAGACGAAGCAGCUAUCACGCUCAUGUCCGAGAACGCCAUCAAAGUUACCAUCCCGACACAGAUGAAAUGGAAGCCCGGCCAGUAUGUUUACCUGCGAAUGCCUGGCAUCUCCUUCUUCGAGAACCACCCUUUCACUAUCUCCUCGCUAUGCAGCGAUGACUUUCCCUCAGAGUACGGUGAGCAAUACCGUGACUGUACUCUUGUAUUCCGACCUUACGGAGGAUUUACACGCAAGGUGCUUGAUACCGCUAUUGAAAAGGGACCAUUCCAUACUUACCGUGCGUUCCUGGACGGCCCAUACGGUGGGAUGCGUCGCGACCUCGCCGCUUUUGAUACUUGUAUCCUCAUCGCAGGCGGUAGUGGUAUCACUGCACUCAUGUCACAGCUGCUGAACCUCAUCAAGAGAAUGAGAGACGGCAAGGCCAUCACCAAGAAGGUUGUGGUCGUCUGGGCUUUGAAGCGACUUGAGGCUAUGGACUGGUUCAGAGAGGAGCUUCGCAUCUGCCGCGAGGCUGCUCCCCCUGAGAGCGUCACCUGCAAGUUCUUUGUCACAUCCGCUGUAAGAGCCCGGCAAGGCAUGGAGGGCCCGGGACCGGGCCCCUUCAACCAGAAUGGACCUCAUGGACCUCAUGGACCAAACGGCCCCCGGGCUUUGAGCCAUAUGUUCCAUGACAAACUGGACGGUUUCGUUGCAGGCAUCGCCUCCAAACGAAACUCUGCUUUGAUUCAGUCUGAGGCGCAGGGUGAUCCUGAGCGUGAGCGUGAGCUCCGUGCCGAGGACGAGGAUCGUAUCACAGCUCUCCCACAGCAAAAGUACUUGCAGCCUCAUUCAAUCCCGCCUCCACCACCAGGACCACCACCAACAAACCGGGAGGAAUCUCUCAGGAGACUUGAGGGCCACGGCUACCCCGAAGACAAGAAACCUCCGAUUGAAGAUGGCGAAGAACAUGGACAGAACGAUGGAGAGUUUCACUUCAGGCCCAUGAAGCACGAUAACCCACCCCAAUUCAACUACGCACCCCGGUCUCCUCAGCGGCUACCAGAGUCAUUCCCCACUGAGGAGGAAGCAUUCCCAGUGCGAGCUCCAGAGCUUGCGCAUCUUCGAACAGUUAAUCCUGAGGCUGGCCGAACACGACCUACAUCCACUUUCGGGCCGCCAUCUGGCUUCGACUUUGGUUUCCCCCAAACCCCAACGGAAUUUCAAAAGAGUUUAAUGCGGUUUGCGUUCCCAGUGCCUCAUCAGAUCGAUGGAGGCUGGAGUGUUGAGUAUGGCCGACCUGACCUAGGCUACAUGCUCAAGGAGUGGGCGACAGGAGGUGCCAAUGGACGAGGUAUCCUUGGUCGGCGCACGGCAGUCUUUGUGUGCGGACCACCAGCUAUGAGAGUUGGUGUUGCCAACACAGUAGCUCGACUGCAGGCAGAAAUCUGGGGUGAUGAUGAGCUUGAAGAGAUCUUCCUUCACACCGAGAACUACGCAUUGUAG